CCUUCCGCCGCUGGCCCAGCCGACGCGCGCCUCCCAAAGCUGCUGCUCCUCCGGGACCGGGAGCAAUGCGAGGCUCCCGCGCGGCCCCGUGUGGGGCCGCUCCGGCGGCGUCCUUCGCCCGGAGCUCCAACUCCGGCUUCCACGCCAUGAUCUGGCCGGCGACGGCAAAUAAUCCGAAUCGGAUCAUCCUCCCUUCCGUCCGAGCAGCUCACCGGCGGCCGUACCGCGCCGGAGGCAGGGCUACGGCAGGGGUUUGCUGCGCGAGCCAGACGGUCGAGCUGCUGCCGGCCCUGUGCCCCGAGAUCGUCGUCCGGGACGCGCGGCUCGAGGACUGCUGGGAGGUGGCCGACACCCACUGCGGCUCGUUCUUUCCCGGCUACAAGUUCCCACUGGACCUUGUCCUGCGGAUCGACCGUUACAUUGCGCUGCUAUCUGGGUUCACAGUCCCGCCUGGGUGCAUGAGGACUUGCCUUGUCGCGGUCAAUUCUAAUUCUGUAGAUAAUAGUUUCGACAUCGAGUGUGGAGAUCCUAGGGAUGCCGGCUUUCAGAAGUACAGCCUCAGUAGAGGCUCCAUAGCUGGCAUCCUUACAAUUGAUACGGUUGCGGACUAUCUUCCGAGAAGGGGAUCCCUGAAGCAGAGAAGAACAGGUAUUGCAUAUAUAGCAAACGUCGCUGUGCGAGAGGAGGAACGGCGUAAAGGAAUCGCUAAAAUGUUGGUCCAAGAAGCAGAGGCACGAGCGAGGAGUUGGGGAUGCCGGUCCAUGGCACUGCAUUGCGAUGUAAACAACACCGCCGCCCUACGCCUGUACGAAAACCAAGGCUUCAAACGCAUCCGUGUACCAGAAGGGGCUAGAUGGCCCGAACCCAAGAUAGCUAAAGGAGUGCAAUACAGCUUCAUGAUGAAGCUAGUGCCCAAGAUUUGAGCUGUAUAAAUUCCAACCAGGAAAAGAAAAGAAAAAGGUUUAGGUUUGUAGAUUCUGCACAGAUGACAGAUGCACCAUUCACAUGUACAGCAGUUGGUAUAUAGUUGAGGCUACUCUGUAAAUGGUAUAUAUCAUCUACGUAUUGUUUGAAAGUGGUGGGUGUGUUAGUAGGGGUGUCCAAACCAGUUUGGCCCAAACUGGCUGGAGUAUGAACUAAAACAUGUUCUGCUUCUGCUCAUGAUUAGUAAGAGGGAUUGGAUGGCCAUAUCAAUUUGGGCAUUGUGCUUU